AUGGACGAUGGGGGCAGUUCUGUUGUCCAACAGACACCAGAAGAUGUCUGGUGGAUGAUCCUUGACGAUGUGAUCGAUGAACCACUAGUGUUUGCCACCACCUAUAAAGGAGAUGAUUGGUUCAAUGAUGGACACAUCUCAAAGCAGGAACUUUAUGAUCGAUAUGAGAAGCAAAGAAAGAUCAUCG